AAAUCAGUUCAGUUUGGUAGAGGGAAACCUCAUGGGUAACUUUUAUGCUACCUGCUAGGUUGGAAGUCCAGUUUUGAGAACUCGUAGAGUUUAAGCUCAGAUAAAAGGACUUUUCAUUAUAAGUCAUUAUCAUUAUUGGACCAGUGCUAUUGCACUAUGUUCAUUAAAUGAAUGUGGUUUGUAUGAUCCACUACACAUCACUGAGAAACGAGAAGUAUGGAUCUGGGUGUUACCACGUUGUAGCGUGGCAACAAACGCAAUUGACUAACUUCACCUCAUCUUCUUUCUGGAUAUUUGGAUUUAUAUCAUUGCAUCGCUCUCAAACAACCAGGUGAAUCAUUUAUUAUGAGGACUGAUAUACUCUUGCUGCUUUCAUCAGCUCUAAUGAACAUGACGUUCUCACUGCGUCAUGAGUUUGUCUAUGUGCCCUCAUCCGUGAACUGGACGACUGCACAGAAGUACUGCAAACAGCAUUACUCUGAUCUCGCCACCGUUGAUGACCAGGCAGAUCACAAUGAGCUGCUGAAAACUGCAGGAAUGGGAAAUGUUUGGAUUGGACUCUAUCGGACAACAGGUGAUGGAGCCUUUGUAUGGUCAGAUCAGAGCAGCUCCUCAUUCAAAGCCUGGGAAUCUGGACAACCGAACAAUCAGUUGUGUGUUAAUAUUUACGGUGGAAAGUGGUAUGAUCGCGACUGUGUAGGUCCUGUUCCAUUUGCUUGUUCAAUUGACAGGAAGAGACAAAUCAUGAGAGUGGAGGUGAAAUCAAGUCAAAAUUUGAAGGAUCCUGCGGUGAUGAAUGGGAUUUUAGGGAAGAUGGAGCAGAUAAUGAAGGAGAAGGGUUUGGCACAAUAUGCUAAACUGUCAUGGAUAACCCAAUCCAAUGGGAAUGUCUUCCAAAAGAAUUACAAGAGGGAUGCGCCAAAACAGACUUGUGAUUCAAAACUGCGUAAAUGAACUUUAACCACCUGACUAACUGAACAUGUAUGUCUGACACAUUAUUUACUCGUUUUACCUUUUGACGGCAAAUGCAGAAAGAGUGGUAUUUAAUGUUCAAUACUGCUACAAUUAACUCUUUACACCUUAACAUAAAUGUGACACAUACUGAAAAACUGUACAAUAAUAUUCUAUAAUAUUAACAAUAAACAUCUUCCACUGAGUGGCAUUUGAGACACUAGUACAUUAGAAAUUAACAAAACUGACCAGUGCUGAGAAAAGUAACAAGUAUCACAUGAAAAGCUCGAGCAGUCUGAAUAAUCUGAGUCGAAAAUACCCAUUAAUAUUUUAUAUUUAGACUCAUCAUCCUAACAAUUGUACCUGCUUUAUUUAAACUUAGAUUAAAGUUCAUCUUAUAUCUGAAAUAUGUUAGUAGCAGCAACUUUACAUUGCCACUCAAUCUAAUGUUAACCUAGAAAAAUGUGCACUGUCUGUGCUGAGUGUGUAACCUGAGUAGUGCUAACUGCAGGACAGAUAGAGGUUCCAGUGUGCUCACUUGCUCUUAAAAUAGUCUGUCAUUUUUGCUUAUACAGAUAAUCUUCUGAAUCUGUAAAGACUUUACAUUUAAGAGUGUGCACUAAACAUUUUUUUCAAUUUUAAAUUUUCAGAAUAAAAUCACAAAUUUUAAACCAUCAUCGAACACAGAACCCAAGUUCUUUACCCAAGCCUUUGCAGGAAGUGUUGAAUAACCUAGGGUUAUUUGACUAGGGGAGUCAGAUGAAAAACUAUGAUUUCAGUUUUAUUCACAUUAAAACUGAGGAAAUGUUAAGAUAACCAAGCUUUCACAUCAGAUAGGCAGUGUUUCCAGCCCGUCAGUAUUAGGUUUUUAAGGGUAAAUAUACUUGAGUGUCGUCUGCAUAUAUAGCAUGAGAAGAAUGGGAGCUAAAAUGGAUCACUGUUGAACACCACAGGAAAGAACAGCAGCCUCCGACGAAUAUUGCCCAAUAUUAACACUGAACUACCUAUUUGAAAGAUAAGAUCUAAACCAUUCAAGGGCAGCUCCUUUGAUACCAACACAGUGCUCCAAGCGAGCAAGAAGGAUAGCAUGAUCUACCGCCGGGAUCUCCA